UGCCGACGCAGAUUAGGGGUAGACAAUCCAAAAAGAAAACUCAAAUUAGCAGCUCCGCCAAAAUACCAGAGAAGGGUGGAAGGAACAUGGCUUCGCUCAUACCAUGGUUCGGCGGCCGCCGUGAUCACCCUUUCUCAACCGAUAUAUGGGACCCUUUUAGCUUUGGAACCAGCUUGGGAUCACAACUAAGUGACCGUGGCGAUGAAACCUCUGCCCUCGCUAAUGCUCAGGUCGAUUGGCGUGAAACCGACACCGCGCACGAGUUCUGUGUAGAUCUUCCUGGGGUGGGAAAAGAGAAUGUGAAGGUGCAGGUUGAAGACAACAACAUUCUGCAGAUCAGCGGGGAGAGGGUGUUGGAGAAGGAGGACAAGAACGACAAGUGGCACCGCAUCGAGAGGCGGCGGGGAAGCUUUGUCAGGCGGUUCAGGCUGCCGGACAAUGUUAACCUGAAUGAGAUCACAUGCAAACUCGAGAAUGGAGUGUUGAAAGUGCAAGUGCCUAAGAAGGAGCCGGAUCAGACUGCCAAGAAUGUUAGAUCCAUCGAUGUGGCGUAAGUUUUCAGUACUAGCUAGUAUGAGUGGUUUUGUGAAGAGAAAUGAUCCUGAAAUCCUUUCCUCAGAGUUGUGUAUAUUAUAUAUGCACGAGGGUUAUGGAGGACGCAGCUGUCUGGGCUUGUUAAUAUAGAAUAUAUAUCCUAAUAUAUAUAUAUAGCUGUAAUGUAUGGAGGUUUGUCUGUUUUUCCGGCUACCAAUGUUGAAUCACUGCAACAUAUCAAUGUAACUCAUCUUUGUGAAUUCCACUUGUCGCAAUAUAUCAAUCUAAUGAUAUUUACUCUC